AUGCAAGCGCUGCUCGUCCGCGUUGCGAGGACGACGACGGGGCAGCUAUGGGGGAAUGCGUCUCGCCGAUCGAAAUUUACCUUGAAUCACAGCGAAUCUGGCGGCGUGGAUGCGUUCUUUGAAGCGGGGCGAGGCCCCGAUCCAAAGAAGGGGGACUACUGUGGAAGGAGCUGGCGCACCGAGGAGUUGCGGAUUAAAUCGUGGGACGAUCUCCACAAGCUGUGGUAUGUUCUCUACAUCGAGAAGAACAUGCUCUUGUCCCAAGUUCUCAUGCUCAAGUCGCAAAACAUUAAAAUCGCUGCCAGGGACCGGAUUGACAAGGUAGAAUGUGGCGCUCUCCCUGGUUUUCCUUUCAGGACCGAUAGUUUUCCUCUCGAUUUUUCCAGGUGA